AUGCUGAGCGGCUGGCAGAUACACGUUGGUCUGCACAGUGUGAUGCUACACAUGCUCUACUGUGUGGCUAUAAAUGUGUAUGGGAAGUUCUUGGCACCAUUGGUGAAGACAUCACUCAAAAUGCUGAAACAGGUUACUGCAAAAGGACUUGCAAAUGUGUUUGCCAAGCUUGAGACUGCAAUCAUGACCGAAGUUUGGGAUUGCAUUCUUACUUGUUUCAAUGCUACAAGCAAAUCUUUACAGGAUGACCGCAUGGAUUUGAAUACUGCUGUCAAAGACCUUAAGUCAUUGAAAUCAUUUGUUUUGUCUCUUCGAGAUCAUUUUGGUGAAUGUGAAGAAUCAGGGGUGAAGAGGAAUAACUAUCAGUCUGAGGUUACGAGGGUUCAGCAGCGAAAUCGCAGACUGGACUAUGAUUCUGGAUUCACGUCAGCUAAUGAAACGGUUCUGUCUCCAUGGGACAAGUUUAAGGUCAACACAUAUAUUCCUAUUUUGGAUCAGCUUGUUACUUUAUUAGAUCAAUGUGUAGAGGCCUACCAACUUCUGAGUCAAAGAUUCCAUUUUUUUUCUAAAAUUGGCUCAGAUGACAGCAGUCCUGAAGCCAUCCGUAAAGGUGCUCAGGAACUUGUCUCUGUGUACUCUCAAGAUUUUGAGGCAUCGCUUGGUGAUGAACUAGUACAACUCUCACAAUUUGUUUUACUGUGCCAAGAUGAAAAAACACAAGAAGAAUCAAAUGAGUUGUUUAUGUAUCGUAUUAUCAAAGAUAAAGGACUGUCAUCAACAUUUCCGAAUGCAGAGAUCAUGCUGAGAAUUUUUCUGUCAUUAAUGGUGUCUAAUUCAAGUGGAGAACGAACUUUCUUGAAGUUGAAGCUUAUAAAAAAUGAGCUUCGUUCAGCAAUAUCCCAGCCACGUCUCCAAUUUCUGUCUCUUAUGAGCAUUGAAUCUGAUAUUUUGCGGAAGCUUAAUUUUGAUUAUAUCAUUGAUGAAUUUUCUAGAAAGAAAGCUAGAAAAGUGUUUGUUUAA